AUGACAGUUGCCCAAACCUACCACCAACACAGCGUCACUAUCCAGCAAUUUACUGGGCGCAAGUUGAAAAUGGACUCUGAUGCCUUGGAUGCCUUCCGAGGGGUGAUGAGAAACUACAACACUAGACUUCUUCCAAUAUACAGCCUUUGGGGAAUUCCAUGGUGUCUCCACCUCGAAAAGGACUCGAGGCACGACAAAUACUUCCUGGAUGGCCUUGCUUGGUACCAUCAGGAAAGGGCCAUGCAGGCCCCUGGUCUUCCCAGAAGGAGAAUCGAGUUUCCAUCCUGGUCGUGGGCCGGAUGGGAGGGAAUAGUGUUCUACGAGAAACGAACAUCGCUUUAUUAUGACAGAAAUGGGCCUUUUGAUGCCAGUGCCCGGCUGGCCUCACUGCUGUCAAAAAGCACGGCCGACUUUGACAGCGACGAGACAAAGAGUAUAGUACUGAAUGCGGCCGUCAUUCCAGCAGACAGGAUUUCCAGGUCGACUGAUAAACCUGGCGGCUGGGACCUCAAGACCAAAAAGCCUAUCAAGGACAUGCGGCUUCAUCUCUCAUGUCACAUGAGCGAGGAAGAGCUACAUGACCGUCUACUUGGCCAGGAUACGGUCGUGUGUAUCGAAAUAGGUCGUAUCUUUGCUCAUCAUUUUUUCAUGGUUCUAGAAAAGAGAGGCCCAGAUGAUAAUAUGGGGUACUCCAGAAUAGGGCUAUUUGUAGCCGUUCUUGGAUCUAUGGAGUUUGGUAAUAUUAGGAGUUAUCAUGAUGGGGGUCGCAGGGACUGGGUGAUCUAUUAG